AUGCACAUAGUAUAACUGAUCAGCAUAGGGGGCGAUUGAGUUGAAGCUGCGUUGUCUCCCUUAGUCCCAGCUUGAUACCCGUUUAGAGUUGCAACAGCCUUAGUUCUAGUUGGUGAGUUAGGAGUUAUUUGUCUGCUCGCCAGUCGAGUAGCAAAGCGUGUGCGUGGAUGAAAAAUUUUUACGUCCUCAGUCGUAGCUCUCCUUGCAAUCGCUCCCCCUUGGAAUGGUCUGCUAGUUCCCCGCUCCGUCCUACCUCAGCAACACUCUCUCCUCCCUUCGACCUCCGCUGCACCAAUAGUGGUCCAACCCGACGGCCUCGAUUCCAGCCUCUCCAGCCCCGAUGGCAUGUGCGGCGAAGAGCGGAGGGAUCACACCCUCGGUCUCCUGUCUAGUGCCUGGCGACUGACGAUGGUUUUUCAGUUGAUGGGCUCCAGGCUCCGGAAAGUGUGCACCCUUGUCUGCACGAGGUGGCUGGCGGUAGAGGGGGCCACCCACCGCCGACUCUAGCUUACUGCCCCCGCCCAACUGCAUAUGGUUGCCUCCGCCCUCUUCCAGCGCUUCAACGCCGUCUUGGAUUUCACUCUGAACUCGAAGCGCUGGAUGUAUAGCAGGGGACGAGGUGGUCGCUCUUAUCUCCGCCCGCUGUCCAAUUCUCGUCCCCCUCAGACUCGGCGCAGGCAGCCGGAUCUCCUACCAUGGUAUGGUCACCCUCGCGAGGAACUGCUCCCCCCUCCGCAGGUUUCCUGAGUCACCUGUAACUUCGGCUCAGGUGGCAUAAGCGCCGAGUUCGCUCACUUCCCCUGCUGAACUGAGGACGUCGUGGCCCCCCCGGGGGGUGCUUCAUCACUGAAGGUCAUCACUCUCGCGGACCUCCACUGCGAUGGGCAACGCUUCGCGCCUCUGGUCGCUGCGGGAAAUCUCCACUGCAGGAGAUUUCUGACCAAGUACGACGGCUGGUUCAAGUCUGGCUCGAGUCGAUCCAUGUUAACGACCGGGGGCUCUCUGGCAUUUCCUCGUUCCCGAAGCUGGAGGUCCUUCACCAGGUGCACGCGGGGGAGUCCGACGGUUGGUUGACAAAUCGAAUUUGUGGUGACUGGCUUUCCGCCAUUGCGCGCCGGUGCCCUAAUCUCCAGGAGCUACUGUUCAUUGGAGUGAACCCGACGGCAGUGAGCUUGGGGCUCAUCGCUAAUAGCUGUCGGAAGCUGAAUCGCCUCCAUCCUGGGUCGCAGCGAGACCAUUGGAGAUAG